AUGAUUAUUAUUUAUAUAAAUCUUUUUAUUAUUAAUAUUCCUUUUAUUUUUGGAUGUGCUAGUGAUAUUGAAGGAAUUGAUUGGAAAGAAAUAUUUGGUCCAUUUGUAUAUAAUAUUAAUGGUUUAAGAUAUGGUAAUCAAAGUGUUACUUUUAUACUUAAAACACCACCACCAACAAAUUGGUUAUAUUAUGAUAAUGUAACAAAUGUUUUUAAUGUUGAAGGAAUGGAUUUACCAGCUCAGGAACAAUCUUCUGAACGUGCCUAUAGAAAUGCUAAAUGGACAAUGUCAGCUGUAUUAAGAGAUUCAAUUCGUGAAGCUAAAGCAUCUAGUUAUGGUGAAAAUAUAACACUUUCAUAUAAUCCAAGAAUAUUAAAAGGAUGUAGUAGAUUUGUAAUGACUGAUAGUGUUAAAGUUAAUAAAACAAUUGCAACAAAAUAUAUUGAUUAUUAUGUAACAGAAAUUGGUUCACAAACAAGUCAAAAUGUAUGUGAUGAAGGUGAUGCAGCAAAAGUUUAUUUUGUACCUAAAACAGCUGGUAAUUUUUUGACAGAAGAUCCAAAUCCAACAGUUGAAUUAACAAUGUUAGUAACAAGAGUUGAUUGGAAUUCUACAAUUUUAAAAAAAAUUGUUAAUGGAAUGUUAACAAAACUUAGAAAAUUAAAAUUAAUUCCAGAAUCAUCAAGUACCAAUAUACUUACAACAAAAAUUAUUUAA